AUGGCGGUAGCUGUGGUCGCUUGUUUGGUGCUGACUCUGCAGACUUGGUUCGUUCUGGCAGAUGGGCAGCUGCAAGAUCUACUUGUAGCAACAGCUCGAGGUAGAGCGUCCCUCCAAGAAUUUCUCGGGUCGACAGACUGGACAAAGAGAAGUGCUUCCCUCCUCAGUGCAAAGGAUGAGUUUGGUUUCAGCUCCCUUGCUGUGGCGGCUUACAAUGGGGAUUGGCAAGCAGCAGAGUUGCUGCUCAAGCAUGGUGCAUCCGUCACCUCGGGAGACAUCACUGUUUUCAUGGGUGAACAAGCUGUGAAAGUGGGAUCUAUUGUGGAAUUCAUAGUGAGACGCAGCUCAAUGCUCAUCAUGCUCGGAACAGGCUUCAAGAUGCCCAAAUACCUUGACAGCGUGCAAAAGUAUAUCUCCACGGCCAGAACACCCUCUGCAUCAGCGCCGGAGGUCCCUGAUAUGGCACGGGCGCUGGAACUGUUGGUGCACGCUGGGGCGCUACCUACAGAGAAGUCUCAGGAGGAGGGGUCGGACCUUGGCCGCGCAGCAUACUUUUUGGACACAACCCUGGUGGGUGUUUUGGUCAACAAAGUCCUGAAGCCUAACCGCAGGGCCGCUAGUCGUGCUGUGAUUGCAGCACUGCUGGGCAUCAGCCAGCUGAAACAUCGCCUCAACCGUGCUUUGCUGCAGCAGCCUCGCAUGGCAGGGCGACUCUUCCGAGACUACUAUGGCUUUGACAUUGUAUCUGAAGCGGCGCUUCUUGAUCCGAAUUUUUACAGUCUGUCCUUUGAAGACACAGUCCGCAUGGUCAUGGGUAAGGCCCGGCAAGUUGUCCGCCAUUUACUUGGUGCGAAGGCGGACCCCAGCUUUGCUCAAAGCAAGCAAAGUGGCAAAACUGCGCUUCACCACUGUGCAGAGCAUGGACUGACAGAGCUGGCGCAGGAGCUCCUGUCUGCAAGAGCUGAUCCCAACAGGAAGAGCAAACCAAUGCAAAGGACGCCUUUACAUCAAGCUGUCAUCCACAGAUCACUCGGAGUCGUAGAAGCAUUGCUUUCUGCCGGGGCAGAUAGUGAACUUGUGGACGUAGCAGGUCGCACUGCCCCAGAACUGGCGCAUCUCUUGCAAUGGACAGAGGUCAGGCAGCUGGAUGCAUUUGCCUGCCCUGAGGGGCAAUGCUUUUGGCAUGGAAACCCGCUUGCCAAGGAGGACAAUUUUGCCCUAGCAGAGCUGUUACCAGCAGGUUGGCAUGGUCACUGGCAAGCCGGUAGCAUGGGCGGCGACUGGGCACGGGAAAGCUUGACCUGUGAGAUUGACACCAUUGACGAAAAGGAUCUGACAUUCGAUGGCUUCCUCAACGACUUUCUGUCAUUGCGAAGACCAUUGCGAGUGCGUGCAGGUGGCAAAUACAUGCCAGCUUACGAACGGUGGGCCAAUCUGCGGUAUUUGGUGAGAAAGGCUGGCGAAACUGUGAUGUCAGCGGUCACCAUUCCAUAUCCAGAGGAUUUUGGAGACGUGGACGCAAAAGAUGCGAGACAGAUGUCACUUAAAGAGUAUGUGCAAAAUGUCAUGGGCAAAGUGAACUCUACUUCAGGGACACCGUUGUAUGUUUUCUCUGUGGUCGAGCAGGAUGACCCAAAGUUUCGGAAGCUUUUGUCUCUGAUCCAAAAAGAUGUGGCACCUCAUCCACAUUGGCUGCAGGAUCGAAAGGACGCCACGAUGCAGCGGUAUCACUUUGGGAACAUUCAAUUUGGCCUUGGCCCUGCUGGCUCCGGAGCUCCACAGCAUUAUCACACCCAUGCAUAUGCUGCGCUCUUUAGUGGAAAGAAGCAGUGGCUGUUUUAUCCUCCACCAAAAUCUUCAUUGUCAAGACAACAUGCUAUCAAGGCGAUGAAUGAGGACAAGCGGAGAAGGAAGCAACUUCCGGCUGUAGAAGGUCUUCAGGAAGGAUUGAAGCUGAAAAGCAGCUUUCCCUUGGCUUGCGAGCAGGUUCCGGGCGAUAUUUUCUAUGUACCGACGGAUUGGGGUCAUAUGACUUUCAAUGCAGAGACCAGUGUUUCAAUAUCUCGCGAGUUUUCUUGGGAUGCAGAAGAGACUGACAGCCGGGUCAUAAACUCGCUCCAAAUCUGA